AUGGCAAGCGAUGCGUGCCGUCGGGAUAUCACGUUCCUGCCCUUCCAUGGAGGAAAAACCACUAAUGCUACAAAGCACUUGUGGGAGACGCACCAAAUCCAGUCUGAAAAGACGGCCCUACAGAAUACGCGCAAGCGGGACCGCGCUGAAGAGGUCAACUGCAUUCUAGCGUCCGCGUUAUGCCGUGACGAUGCGAAGCGUUUGUGUUUGUUGCUGGAGACGAUUCGAAUUGUUUACAACAACUUGCCAUUCCGGUUUGGUGAGUACGAAGAGUCAGUCAUUCUGAAGGAAGUCGUCACAAAAGAUGAGUUCAAGACAACAGUGAACUCAAGAACGGUGACACAUUCACUUGUCGAGUUGUACGCAUCCGGUCGCCAAGAGCUGAUAGGGUUCAUCAGAGACAAUCGUUUGGGACUUAUCAAGUGUUUGACGAUGGAUGUUGACUUCUGGACCCCAAAGCAUGGUGGCGAAAAGUAUCUCGGUUUGCGCAUCUACUUCGUCGACUCCCACUUCCGACUGCGUACUGUGCUUCUCGGUACUCGUCAUUUCUUGCCAAUGUACGGAGAACGCGACCAAGGAUUCGCGGCCCUUUUGAGCGGUGGAUUUGUGGUAUUCUGUUUGACUUUGGCCUGUCCCCGAGCGACUUCUUCGGCUCCACCACUGACAGCAGCCCCGACGUUAAAUGGAUUGAAGUGGGAAUGGUGCAUCCCUCACAUGGUGAACGCUGCCACCAAGAUGGCCUGCGGCUUGGCGCGAAAAUCGCACAAUCCCGAGAUGUCGGAGUUGCUAAACAAGCUAUCUCAAACGGUGUACGGCACCUCCACCAACUCGACACUUGGCGACCUGCUUCCCAUGCUGAUGAUAAUGUUGGGGGAAGGCAAUGGUACCCAACUAGUAGGCUACAAGCCGCAUCGCUUCAUGGGGAUGGCAGCCACGAUGGAGCGGGUACUGGAGAAGUGGCCAGCUCUGGAGGCAUGGUACGAGGCGCGUUCAGCUCAGCAUGCACGGAAAAAGAAGCGAGCGCCACCAGGGUUUCACCUUGCCGGUUGUCAACAGCAUUUGGUGCAGCUAUUAUCAAUCCUUACACCGAUUCUUCUCGUGACGAAGCGAUCACAGGCGCAGGAUACGAAUCAAGUGCAAGUCUUGCUGUCCUUGUAUACGAUGCGCAUGACUUCUCUCGCACUUGACAGCCCCAUCAGGCUCUACGACACGGCUCCGACGAACGCCGUCAAUAUUCACCCCUUUCAACUAACAUCGCUGGUGGCGAGGACAGGGAUGCUGCUACAGAAGGCGUUUUACCACAACUUCUUCCGCCGAUAUGUAGAUGCAGACUACAUUGCAUCCGGUUCCUACAUUUUUGAGAUGCAACUGGUGAUGCAUCCUUCGGUUAAGCACGUGGGGAGUCCGAUGGACGAAGUGAUUGCCGCCGUUGCACGUACUGAAGGGAGAAUGCGGGAUGAUCUUGUCGCUGGUCAUGUUGUCGCCGUUCAAGCUGCAAUUUUGAAGCGCUUGAAGUCGCUAAUGCGCUUAGUAGCCAACAGUCAAGACCCAGCACCCGUUGAUCCGAUUGCUGCUCCAGCUGUGCAGGCCAAUGUUUUCUAA